UUAUUAGGAAGACACGAGGGGUGUUUAUAAAAGAUGAGUUGAAAAAGGUUUACUUCUAACAAAGAAAGAACAGAACAGAGAGAUUACUUUUUAACUACGACUACGACCCGUUCUUAUUUUGUGUACCACAAAACCUCCUGAAAAUUUCAUAGUUUUUUAACUUUGUAAAAUUUGCAAACUUUCUCAACUGACAAAGAAAAGGCCAAAAGCGGUGGUGGUGGAGUUUCAGGGAUGGAGAAUGAGGCGGAGAUUGAUCGGUUGCCAAUGGACCUUCUGGCUCAUAUCUUUGUUAUGAUCAAUUCAUUCACUGAUUUGGCCCAGGCAAGCUGUGUUUGCCGGAAAUGGAAACACGGGGUGAAGCGGUCAAUGGGUCGAAGAGAGAAUUUGAGCUUUGCUGGUUGGAAGAUGGACGAUGACUCCACAGCUCGUCUUGUUCGCCAUGCCUACAGCCUCAAAGAACUCGACAUUUCAAGGGGCCGUUGGGCUUGCCAUAUAACUGACAAUGGACUACAUGAAAUAUCCAAGGCCAAGUGCAUUGGCAAUUUAACAUCCAUAUCCCUUUGGGGUAUGACUGGGAUUACAGAUGAAGGUGUUGUUCGUCUGAUAUCAAAAGCUAAUUCCUUGCAGCACCUGAAUAUUGGUGGGACAUUUAUCACAGAUGAAUCACUGUUUGUCAUUGCAGAAAGCUGUCCACAACUGAAGAGUAUCGUCCUAUGGAGCUGCCGCCAUGUAACUGGGAACGGUCUUUUGAUUCUUGUAAACAAGUGUCGGAAGCUCGAGUCGAUAAAUGUAUGGGGAACUAGAGUUUCUAUGGACUGCUUCAUUUCUUUGCUUACAAUUAGUCCAGCCCUUCAGAUAAAACCCAGAGGCCUACUGUUAGAUGUUGGCAAUGCUCCUCUAUUGCCACUUGCAUAAGAAAUCCACUCUUAUGGUUGCUUGGAAAUUUGCUUUGUGUGUAUAGAUAAAUAUUUUUUUACUUCAAAAGUUUGUGACUCAUCAGCUAAACAUAUCCUUGCCCAUUGCCAAAGGAGAAAAGGUGUGUGGAGGGAGAGGAUUUUAGGAGCUAUUUCAAGCUCUUCUUCUUCGUGGUUCAUUUCAGAUUGUAUUCUUUUAUGUAAAGAUGUAAAUAAGUUACAAAAAAUAAUAAAAAUAAAUAAAAUGAAUAAGAGAAUUAAAGGAUCA